AAUAGAAACAGGGCAAACGCACACAGAGAUCAGAACUUUGAGCAGUCAGGCUCACAGCUCCGAGCUCCACUGAAGGGUGGGGGAGGAAGAGGAGGAGAGAGACACUGUCCUAGGAUUUAUACACAGAGCUAAGAGGAAGGGCAGGUGUGCACAGGUGAAUGCCCUGGACCAUGAAGCCCUCUCUCUUCUGGGCCCUUCUUCUCUUCUUCAUCUUGUUCUUGGGAGCCCACAGCCAAAUCAGGCCCCCCAAAAGGCGACCUAAACCUGGGUCCAAACCCAAGCCUACACCCAGAGUCCCUUCUCCAUACAGACCUGGACUUGAAGAGCCUGCUGAACCCACAGACCUGCCUCCUCCUCUCCCCCCAGGACCCCCAUCAAUCUUUCCUGACUGCCCUCGAGAAUGCUACUGCCCCCCAGAUUUCCCAUCAGCCCUGUACUGUGACAGUCGCAACUUGCGAAAGGUACCAGUCAUCCCAUCCCGAAUUCACUAUCUCUACCUUCAGAACAAUUUCAUCACAGACCUUCCCAUAGAGUCCUUCAAGAAUGCCACUGGCCUGAGGUGGGUCAACCUCGACAACAAUCGUAUCCGCAAGAUUGACCAGAAGGUGUUGGAGAAGCUUCAGAGUUUGGUCUUUCUCUACAUGGAGAAGAACCAGCUCCAAGAGGUGCCCAUGGCCCUCCCCCGCAACCUGGAGCAGCUGAGGCUAAGCCAGAACCAAAUCAACAAAAUCCCUCCAGGUGCCUUUAGCAAGCUGGAGAACUUGGUUCUCUUAGACCUGCACCACAACAAGCUCAGUGAUGGAGUCUUCAAGCCUGACACCUUCCAAGGACUCAAGAACCUCAUGCAGCUCAAUUUGGCACACAACAUUCUGAGAAAGAUGCCCCCCAAGGUUCCCACAGCUAUCCACCAGCUCUUCUUGGAUAGCAACAACAUCGAGAACAUCCCCAAUGGCUACUUCAAGGGCUUCCCUAACCUCUCUUUUAUCCGGCUCAACUAUAACCAGCUGUCUGACAAGGGACUCCCCAAGAACUCCUUCAACAUCUCCAACCUGUUGGUUCUCCAUCUGUCGCACAACAAGCUCAGCAAUGUGCCAGCCAUCAAUAACCGGCUGGAGCACCUGUACCUAAACAACAAUGAGAUUCAGAAAAUCAACGGGACCCAGAUCUGCCCCAACAACUUGGUUGCAUUUCAUGACUUCUCCUCAGACUUGGAAAAUGUGCCUCACCUCCGUUACCUGCGACUCGAUGGGAACCAGCUAAAGCCACCUAUUCCACUAGACCUGAUGAUGUGUUUCCGGCUCCUGCAGUCUGUGAUCAUCUAACUUGCACCUUGAUGCCAACUGGACUUCUCCGAAGAGACUUGAACACUUCUCAGUCAGGGGUGGUCCAUGUUCCCACUUCCUGACUUGCUCCAUUGCCUUUUCUACCCUCUCUGGGCUUUUCCUUCCUCCAUCCAUGUAGGGUUCCCUAAGAAAGAAGGAAGACAGUUCCACGUUCAUUAUUGCAUUUCUUUUCCCUCAUGUGGGAGAAUGAAGUCUAAGAACUUACUGUUGAUCUACCAGAUUCAAAGAACUGUCUCUCCCAUAUAUAAAUGCCAAUCCCAAACUUCUUACCAACUGUACUUUCCAUUUUUAGGCGCCCCUUCACCCACUUAGAAGUAUCAAACUAUAUGUGCUUUACCUGACCUUCUUUCUCUCCUUCACCAUUAUUCCCAUCCCUACCUCACCAUUCCAAUAAUGGUAUUGUUUAUGAAAUGGCAUCUUGAUUAUUGACCUUGACCUAGGAGAGAAGUUGUUUCUUCCCAAACUAGAAGACCUUCAUUUAGGAGAAGAGUUAUGUCUAGACCCAGGAUUGUUGUUUCCUUUUGUACUCCCUAUUGGCAUCAAGCUCAAUAUGGGAAGAUAUUUGCCCAUAGUCUUUUUGUUUAACAGAAAGAGUGUAACUAGGAAUGGCCAAGAACUUCUAGAAAGAAGUAAAUCUGGUAUUCUAGCAAGGUCCAAUCUCAGGCAACCUCAUAUCUUCCUGGUUAGCUUUUGAAAUGGAUGGUCUCAUGAUGGUGUCAGUUGAGGAUCUUUUUGCAUUUUCUGAGAAUUGUAGGCUAGAAGAUUUCCCCUUCCUUCCAUAUGUGAAAUUUCUCACAUCUUCAAGUGUGUUGAGAAAGUGUAGGAACAGAGAAAGAGCAGUGAGUAGAAGGGAAUGUGGGAAUUAUGGAGUAUCUAGAUGGAAUGGAUUGGUAGGAUUAGACGAAGCACAACACAGAAAUAGAAAUCGGAUUUGUAGAAGGGCAGAGAUUCCAAAUCUCCUUUGACCACCCACAGUGAGAUGUCUAAUGCCUUCAAGUUGUCACAAUUUUAGGUUUGGUCAUUCACCAAUGCCAGCUUCCUCAUCUGGUAUCUGUCUAUAUGGUUCUAAAUUAGCCAAAUUAACCGUUGGAGACUGUCACCACCUACCCAAUAUUUCUACUAUUCAGAAAAUAGCAUAAAAGGUAGGAAGAAGGGAGGGGACAACUGGAUACUUCCCAGAAGCCUCUUCCAUCAUGUGGAAAUGCACUUACCUCCAUAUUUAAGAUGAGACACAUUAGUGACACCUAGUGGUCAGUGGAGGUCAAUGUUGUGAGUUCCAUUCUUCCUUGACUUAGUACUUCUUGAUUGCUUCAUCUUCCCUAUGGUCAGUAUAAAUACUGGUGCUGUCUUUUUUUAAUGGUCCUCGCCUGGGACCAAUUUUCUGACUUCCAAGCGACAAAGGAGUAUAUCUAUCACAGCCUCCCACCAUCCCCACAUCUUAGAAGACCAUGGGUAUCUUUGAACAUUGACUCUUCCUGCUUGUGAUUGUGACAAAUGAUCAGAGUUGAUCACAGAGAAAUGAUUCCUAGCUUUAGAGCUUAAAGUUUUAGAGCUAGAUUCUGGCAGCAGCUUCCAGGUCAUAGAUAGCUGGUCAGGAUAAAUUCUGUUUUACCAGCAUUAACUUUGUAACACAAGCUGGGGAUCUAAGAGCUCUAGUUUGGAAUCUACUUGUUUUGAUCUAUUUAAUGAUCUAUUUUGAGAACCCAUUAUAAAAAUCCAUUUGGGACCUGGAGGAAACUAAUUAAAAUCUUAUCUUUUCCUCUUUCAUGACUGAUUUUUCAAUGGGAUAGGUCCUAAGCUUCCAUUCCCUUUCUCAAUAAUUUAUUCCCUCUUCCCUUGCCUAAUCACCAUAUUCUGCUCUAUGGGCCUCUCCCUCCCAUUUUCUUUCCUUCUUGCCUGGUCCUCAGGUUAAAGCCCUUGGCUGGUCUCCAAGGUAUAUCCGGGGUUCUGACAAGAAUACCUCAGUCUUCCUUUCUUGGAGAAGAUUUUUUUUCUCCUACUUGUUACUAGCUCUAUUAGAACUUUUGUUUUAUAAUCUUGCUCCAUCUUUUUUUAAUACAAAGCUACUUACCCUUUUUCAUGUUUGCUUCAAAUGGGUUUAGGUUAUUCUGUGUGUGGCUCCCUCCUUUUCCCCAUCUUCCCACCAUCACCAUCUCCUGAACUCCCCCUUUCAAUGGUGUCUCAUGUACACUUGGAGAAAUCAUUUUUUUUUAGAAUAUAUUUAAUCUCCCAAGACCAAACACCAUUAGGUUUCUCUUUUCCCCAUAUCUAUGACAUUGAUCACUCAGAGUUAUUUCUUUUUCGAUUCUUUCUUCUCUACCUGAUAAUGAGAAGAUUGCAUUUUUAAUCUCCUCAGAGACUUCCUUUCCACUGAAAGAUCCCAUAAGUAAUUAUCAUUCUAAAUUUCUUAAGUAAGUCCAGACUUUCUUCUUAAUAAAAUCCAUGACUUGAAGAGGAUCUGAAGGGUUCAACUACUGUAUCAAGAUUCCAUAACCACUGAUGAAGGAACACCUUGAGAAAAUAUUUAAGAAUCCAUCUGUCUUGAUUUCAUAAAAGUGUCAUUAUCUCUCAACUUUAUCCCUCAAGUGCUUUGAAGAACAUCCUAAUGAACAAGACUCCAUGAAGGAUGAUCACAAAUACAUAUGGAAACUAUCCAGGAAACAGUAGAUCUGCCCUUCAUCUUCAAAUUAAACUAUUAUUCCAAAGAGAUCUCACUUGAUGCUCUUCCUUUCCAUUCUGUCAACUAAAUCAAUUCUGUAGCUAUUCAUUCUGUAGAACUAAGGCUAUUCAUUUUAGGAAUACUGGUCCUGCUGGCAGCCUCAAAAUGGAAAAGAGGCUAAUUAGCACAAUUGGCAGGAGCUACUGAUUCCUUGUCCUGUGCUUCAAUUUCCCUGUCUUCUUGAUUGUGGUAGUACACUUUACUGACAUAUGAAUCCCCACUUUAGGAUCUCAUGUUCAUCUUCCCUUUGCUUGAAUACAUCUGUCAAUAGAGAAUUGAGUAUUCAUUCUCUUUUCAGAUAGCUCUAAUUGCCUAAAAAUUCCUCCUUCUAUUGAACUUUUCUGCCUCUUUUGAUAUCAAUGCAAUCUUAGUUCUGUCCCCUAAAAGCCAGAGAAGAAGACCUAUCCCUCUUCCACAAGAUAAUCCUUCAAACAUUUAAAAAUUGUUGUCUUUCUCUCUUCCCUUCUCUCUCAUCUUCUUUACUUGAAACAUUCUAAAUUCCUUCAGCCUUUCUUCAUGUGAUUUCAUUUUCAGUCUUCCUACCAUCUUGGUACUUCCUCAAAUUUGUCAUUGAGAACUAACCUCAUUAUUUCAAGUGAGAUCUAACAAAGAAAAGAGCUUAGUAAGGAUCAUCACCUCCAUUCUUCUGGACAUAAUACCAUUUGAUGCAGCCCAAUGACCAAUUUUUUUUUUGGCUACUAUAUGAUAUGAUUGGCUCUCAUUGGGUUUGCCAUUCCUUCAAUCUUUAAAUUUCUUCACACGAGCUGCUACACAGUCAAGUCUAGCCCAUUUGUACCAAAAUGUAAGACAUUCUAAUUUUCUCAAUUAAAAUUCAUGUUAGACUUCAUUUAUUAUCACAGUAUUUUGAGUUCUUUUUGUCUCUUCUUUUUUAAAUGCAAUGCAUUUGCCUUCCCUCUCUGUUCAUAUCCUUAGCAAAUUUGAUAAGUAUGCUAUCUAUGCCUUUCCCUUUAUGAAUCUGUUAAAGCAAACAGCACCAAGGACAGAUCCUUCUAGCAAAUCACUUAUAAGAUCUCUUUCCAUAUUGAUUAAUCCAUUAAUCAAUACUCUUCAGGUCUGGUCAUUCAAUUAGUUAUGAAUUCACUUAAAUGUCUUUAGUGAGCCCAUAUAUUUCUCAAUCUUGUAUAUCAUUAGAACCUUUGUCAAGUAUCUCACUGAAAUCCAAAUAUGCUGUAAUGACAAUCUUCUCUUGAUCUACCAGUCUAGUUAGUAACCUUGUCAAAAAAGAGAAUGAUAUGAUUUAUUCUUAGUGAAUCCAAAUUUGGCUGAGCUGACAAAUCAAUCCAUUCAAUAACCUGAACUAUAAUUUUCCAGGCGUUGGAUGCUGUACUUAUUGGUUUAUGAAUUUUAACUUCUUUUUUCCUCUCCUUUUUGAAAAUUGAUAUUUUAUCAUCUCUGAUCAAAGCACUUUUCCUAUUUUUUAUGAUUUUUCAAAGAUCGCUAAUGAUGAUCACAAAUACAAGAAAUGUAGAUACUCUGGGAUAUAAUUGUACAAAUCAAAUAUAUUUUCUUAUCUGUAAAAUUAUAAGGUUGGACUAAAUAAUUUCUAGUGCUAAUAUCUGCCCAUUCUAGAAGUUACUUUGGCUCUGGGUUUUAAGUAUUCCUUUGGCUAGAUCUAUGAUAUAAAACCAAAAUUCUAGAAUUAAAUAUAAUGUUAGAACUGUCCAUUUCCCUCAUUUUAUCAUUGAGGGAAAAGGUUUGCCCUCCUUCUUAGAGUGAAUACAGAACAUCCCUGAUUUCUUUAACAGGCAUUGUUGUUUUUGAUUUAAUACGGUAGGGAUUUACCUAAAGUGGAAUCAAGGAAUCAUACUUAUUAAUUCAUUCUGCUUUUGUACUUUCCUACCAUAUCUUCAACCCUGCAGAUAGUAGGUAAAUGCUGUGGAUUGAAUUUACAGGGAAUUGAGUAUAUCCUAAACACUUUUAAAAAAAAUACUUCUCAUUACAGUCAAGAGGCAGUAUAAACCUGAUGUCCAACUACAUUACUGGAGACAAGAUAAAGGAAGCAAUAUGGGAAUAGGAGGUUUUUGCAUCAAGCUCCUCUUCAUACAACUUGUUGAAAGUAUUUUCCAAUGAUGUCUCUGCCCUAUUCCCUUUCACCAUCAUUAAAUAGUUUGUUUUGGGUGACAUUCAUUCUGACUCCCAGCUCUGUCUUCCCACCUACCUUUAGGGUGAGGAUGAGCAGAGAUAGAGGAGGAGGUGGUUCAUGAAAGAGAAGCUGUGAUUCUGUACUGUGAAAUCCUAAAUGUGAUGGGGAAGAUAGAUCACAGAGGAGAUAAGUUUUGAGUUGUGCAUAUAGAACAUGUCUAUGACACAGAGAGAAAAAAAACAGUGAAAAUUAAUAUUAUGAAUAGUCUAUGCUUUAAUCAAUAUCUAUUUAUCAUAGAAAGUAGCCACUGUGUUUGUGACAUUGAAGGAUAUAAGGAAUAGAGUAGUUUAAAAGACUUCCCAAAACUUAAUCCCUGCCUUUGAGAGAUUUCCAAUAUCUCUCUCUUCUUUUCUUGUCUUCAUUUUAUUUCUAUCUCCUGCCUUCUUUGUUGAAUCCAGAUGCCAUUUUACAGAAGACUUCCCCCCCCGGUUAUUAAUUAAUUAGUAGAUUAAAUUGAUUUGUCAAUAAAAUAAUUUACUCUUCUUCUACAAAUUAGUUCCUCUAAGACUCCUGCUUAAAGUAGCAGUAUUACUGGAGAUAUAAGCAGCCAUGCUUAUACGCUAGGUCAAGGCCCUUCCCUUAUACAUGACUUUCAAUCUCUGUCCCUCUCACUUGGUGGUCAGGUAAGCACUAUUCCCAUGGUCCCUAGGGGGAGAGAAAGGGUAAUCUCUAUAUAUCCCAUGCAAACCAGAGCUGAUUGAUUUGAGCAUAAAUAUAAGCCUAUGGCACUGUAUUCUUUCUCUCCUCUUUUUUCUUUUCCUCUUCCUCCUCAAUUUGUGCCCUUGAUUUCAAUGGCAGUAGCAAGCUGGGCAGUUUCAGAGAUAAGCUGGCUUUAGAGUCAAUCACAUCUAUUGCUUUCUCUCAGAUGCCUUUCACCUCCACAUUUUCAUAGACAAAAGCCUCUAUGCUGUAUGUAUACAAAUAUAACAUGUGCAUGUACUUAUCCAUUGUACGUGUAUCCACUCUUGAUCAUGUUAACUUUGUGGAGCUUUUUUCCUUCUCAUAUUUUCCAUAUGAGUGGAAAUAAAACUGUAUGAAAGGAA